AUGGUUGCAUCAUUUGAGACCCAUUCAGCAUCAACAACAUUAGAUGAUAUUAUAAAUGAACUCAAAUUCACCUAUGACUCUUCUAUCGGUAUACUAGAUGGAGAGGCCAUUAGAGAGAUUCCAAGUUUGAAUGUUUUACGAAAUGUGAGCAAAUUGAUUGCCAAUCUAUCUAAAGAUUUGGAUGAUGUUGAAAAAGUUGAUUCCGAAGUAUUGAAUAAAAUCAAUAAUAAAUUAAAUAUAACAGAUGAAAAAGAUGAUAAGACUCAGGAUAACGAGGAAAAUGGAAUUUACAAUGAUCACGAUAUUUCUCCUGAUUUCGAAAAACAAACUAAUCUCAAGCGCUCAGCAGAAAAUGAUCUCGACCUUGACGAUGACGAAAGCAUACCGUUAGCAAAAAGACGUAAGCCCGCUCCUUCAAAAGUUAAACUAGAGGAAGACGAAGAAGAAGAAAAGCUGUCUGCCGUAACAAGUCAAUCAAAACCUUCACUCGAUGAAAAGUUAAAUAAUCAAUCAAUUGUUGAAAAUGAAGGGUCCUUGACCAUAGCAUCAGACACCAAUGGCGACGAAUCAAAUAGAGUGAAUUCUAAGGAUGACCCUGUUCCACCGGUACAACAAGGGUCUUUCACUCAGGAAAACGAUACAAGGUUGAAAAAUCCGAAAUCUGAGUUUGUGACUUCUCAAACUUUGCCAGCAGAAGCUAUCGCAGAACUUGGAUUGUAUUCAGAAGAUAAUCAAGGCUUGGAGACCCACGGAAAAGAAUAUUUGAAGAAAAAGUUUGGGGUGGCGUCCUAUCCUGAGCGUGACCUACAAGAUAUGCUCCCCGGUGAAAUACCUAAUAUUGAUUUUUCCAAAAAUAAAGCUCCAUCUAAUCAAGUCCAGUUUACUACUUUCCAGUCCUAUAUCGAAUCUUAUUUCAGACAAUUCUCUAAUGAGGAUACCGCCUUUUUACAAGAAAAGUAUAUAAUACCGCCAACCUUUGAAAAGACAGAUUAUGAUCCUAAUGUUACUCCAUAUUUAAUACCUAAGCUAGGUGCAUUUUACGCAGACCUUUGGUCCGACGAAGACACUUCUCUAGCUGCGAAACUAAACUCACCUGCAUUUCAACAACCUCCGAUAGAUACUUAUAAGGCCAAAGGUUCAAUUGACUCAUUAAGCGAUGACAAAUUAUACACUGAGGACGUUUCAUGUGGGCCGCUCUCAAGUAGACUUUUAUCCGCCAUUUUAAGUGUUAAAGAAGCAGAGGAAGAGGAAGAUAAUGAUAAAGAGAAUGCAGAAUCAAAUUCCUUGAAGAAGGAAAACCACUAUGACGUUAAUGGUGACGGGUUAUCCAAUUGGAAGCCUAUUGCAGAAGAAGACGUUGCCUCAAGACUUAAUAGCGGGGAAGACUAUAAAGUAUCAACUGAAGUAAGUGAUUUCCAUUCUAUCGAGGAACGUUUGAAACGUGAAUUGAAGUACAUUGGUAUUUUUAUGAAUCUUCCUGACUCUUCAAGUAGCGAUACUCUUGAAAAUGGAACUGUUAGUAUUAUCGACAGUGAUGAGUGGGUGAAAAACAAAGAAGAUGAUGAAGUAUGUACUGAAAUUAGAGCUUUGCAAAAAGAGUUGAAGGAAUCUUCAACGAAAAAUAGAAAGUUCAAAAAGAGAUUGAUACCAAUUGUUGAAGAGCAAAUAGCUUACCAGGAGUACUGUACAAUUUUGGAUGACUUGGACAAGCAAGUUGAUCAAGCAUAUAUUAAAAGAUUAAAGGCCAAGAGCAAAAAGAAGAAGCACACUGAUCCUACACCACAACAGCAGGCCGUUAAUAACGGAUUAAGAGUUUUACUUGAUAAAAGAAAGAGAUGGAUUGAAAAUAUUGGUAAGCUUUUCCCACCUGCAGAAAUAAUGAAGAGGGUUCCAAACGAAUCAGUUUUCCAGGAUUUAGAGCAAUCGGAUGACGAGGAAGCUGAAGGCGAUGAAGAUGUUGAAAAUGAUACCGAUGCUUUAAUACAAAAAUAA